AUGAUGGCAAGUCACAUCGUAAAACCUGAUACUAGGAAUUGCAAGAGACCAAGAGAGCUGGAGCCUCAAAUGCCAGAUAGUCCACAACUGUCUUCUCUUGGAAAAUCAGAUUCCUCUUUCUCUGAAAGCUCUGGACUGUUUUAUAAAGAUGAAUCCCUGGAGAAAGAUUUGAAUGAUAUGAGCAAGGAAAUUAAUCUAAUGUUGUCUACAUAUGCAAAGAUCUUAAGUGAGAGAGCAGCAGUAGAUGCAUCUUAUAUUGACGAGAUAGAUGGACUCUUCAAAGAAGCCAAUACUAUUGAAAACUUUCUAAUACAAAAAAGAGAGCUCCUGAGACAGAGGUUUACAGUGAUUGCAAACACAUUGCACAGAUAAAAUUGUGUACUUAACAUAAGCUGAGAAUUUAAGCCCAUUAUUGUACUAAAAGAAUGACAUUUAUGCUCUGAAAGCUCUCUAGUUACUAAAGAAAAUGUGUACCUUAAAUGUAGAAGGGGAAAUUCCUUGCAUUUCUUUUCUAGAUUUAAAAGGGCCUUUAAACUGGACAUUAAUAUGAAGUAUGUAGCUUUUUUUUUGAGGGUUGGAUAUUUGGCAUAUUUCAUAGAAGUAUAAAUUAUUUAAGUUCUCUGUAGAUUUUUUUUAAACCUCCUAGCCUUUCUUAAAAUUCUAAAAGAGAACUCAGUGAGUUAAUUUGAUAAUGUUUAACAAUAAUGCACUUUUUCUUUUAGAAUACUCUGUCUAAAUAGCAGAUAGAUAGCUAUGGAGAUAGUUUUUUAUUGGAGA